CAAAACUUGAGAUAAUAUCUGGGAGUAAAAAUAAACACACAACUCCCUGUUUUGGUUGGUUUUCAGCCAAUCAAAACCAGUGACAUCACAGAGGUGUUUCCUGUUGCUGCUGGGAGGGACCUGCUUCCUUCUUUGUGGUUUCAGUUGGUGUUUUAAAGCGUGAAGCUCUUGCACAAACAAGAUGCUCACAGAUUUGUACCCAGAGAUGAUCGCAUUAGCAGGAAGCUGUGGUGUCUUUGACACAAUCAUCAGGAUGUGAUGUCGAAAACCCCCCGAUGGUGAGAUCCCUCAGUGCAGCGGCUCAGGAUGGAGAUAACAGCUCUCUGCGCCGUUAUUGCUUGUCUGAGGCUUUUUCCCAGCAGAUCCCAGUUCUUCCAGUAUGAGUCUGUUACUCUGAGCUGUGAAGCAAACUGGUCUGAGUGGAGAGUCAGGAGAAAUACAUCAAAACAAAUAAGUGAACUCUGUCCCCAGUAUUCAACUCAAGCUAAUAAAUCUGAAUGCUUAUUAUCUGAGCUGUAUGAACAGGACUCUGGACUUUACUGGUGUGAAUCUGCAGCAGGCGAACGCAGCGAUUCAGUCAACAUCAGAGUAACAGAUGAACCAAUAAUCCUGGACAGUCCUGGACAUCCAGUUAGUGAAGGAGAAAACUUGACUCUUCACUGCAAGAUCAGGCCACCAUUAUCCUCCAAUCUCACUCGUUUCUAUAGAAACGGGGUUCUGGUCGGGGACAGCUCUGCGGGAACCUUCACCAUCCGAAGCGUUUCUAAAUCUGAUGAAGGAUUUUAUAAAUGUAACGCCUCUGAAAUGGGAGAAUCAGCAGAAAGCUGGGUGGCUGUAAGAGGGCGCAGGCCUCAAACGCCUACUGCUCCGCUCACAUUCAUACUACUUCCUGUUGUGGCUGGCUUUUUGCUGUUGAUCGCGCUGAUGUUGCUCUGCCACUGGAGAAACCACAAAGGUGGAGUGAAGCGUUCUGUGUCCUACACCGAGGUCAUCAUCUCAGAGGACAGGAAACCUCAGAGAAUCACUGAUAUAAGUUCUGUCCCGACCUUCUAUUCCAGAGUGAAACCAGAGAGUUGCUGAUAACAUGAGAACCAGCUUUAUGGAGGCUCUCCCCUGUGUGUCCAGAAACACAAAACAUUCAUAAUGAUGGGAUCUGGAAGUUUCCUGCUGAGGCUAACAGCUUCCAGGCCUCAUUCACUGCAGCAACACAUGAUGUUUAGAUCAGAGCUCAGAGCUGCUGUUGUUCUAUAGAGGAGGAAACUACGCAGUCGUUACUGGGAGCUAAAAUGGCGCAGAGAGGAGUUCAACUGGACGAAGAAAACUUGUCUUGCUCCAUCUGUUUGGAGCAACUGAAGGAUCCGGUGACUAUUCCCUGUGGACACAGUUACUGUAUGAACUGUAUUAAAAGCCACUGGGAUGGAGAAGAUCAGAGGAGAAUCCACAGCUGCCCUCAGUGCAGGAAAGAGUUCAUGCCGAGACCUAACCUGGAGAAAAACGUCAUGUUAGCUGCUUUAGUGGAGGAUCUGAAGAAGACUGGACUCCAAACUGCUGCAGCUGAUCACUGCUAUGCUGGACCUGAAGAUGUGGCCUGCGAUGUCUGCGCUGGGAGGAAGAUGAAAGCUGUCAAGACCUGCCUGGUUUGUCUGAUUUCUUACUGUGAGAAUCAUCUUCAGCCUCAUUAUGAAUCUCCUGCUUUUAAAAAGCACAAGCUGGUGAAUCCCACCAAAACUCUCAUGGAAAGCAUCUGCUCUUGUCAUGAUGAGGUGAUGAAGAUGUUGAUGGAUGGUUAUGAAACAAUCUCUGCAGAAGCAGAAAGGGCUGAGAAGCAGAAGGAGCUCCAGGAGAAUCGACAACAAAUCCAUCAGAGAAUCCAGGACCAAGAGAAAGAUGUGAAGCUGCUUCAACAGGGGGUGGAGGCCAUCAAUGUCUCUGCUGAUAAAACAGUGGAGGACAGUGAGAAGAUCUUCACUGAGAUGAUCCAUCUUCUCCAGAAAAGAAGCUCUGAUGUGAAGCAGCAGAUCAGAUCCCAGCAGGAAACUGAAGUGAGUCGAGUCAAAGAUGUUCAGGAGAAGCUGGAGCAGGAGAUCACUGAGCUGAAGAGGAAAGAUGCUGAGCUGGAGCAGCUCUCACACACAGAGGAUCACAACCAGUUUCUCCUCAACUACCCCUCACUGCCAGCACUCAGUGAGUCUACACACUCAUCCAGCAUCAACAUCCGUCCUCUGAGACACUUUGAGGACGUGACAGCAGCUGUGUCAGAGCUCAGAGACAUAAUGCAGGACGUCCUGAGAGCCACAUGGAGAAACAUCAAACUGAAGAUCACUGAGGUGGAUGUUCUACUGUCAGAAACAGAACCAAAAACCAGACGUGAAUUCCUACAAUAUUUCCAAGAACUCACUCUGGAUCCGAACACAGCACACAAGAAGCUUUUAUUGUCUGAGGAGAACAGAAAAUGUAAAUGUAUAAGACAGGAACAGUCAUAUCCUGAUCAUCCAGACAGAUUCAGUGUUUAUAAUCAGGUCCUGAGCAGAGAGAGUCUGACUGAACGUUGUUACUGGGAGGUGGCGAUGAGAGGUGGAGCUGGAGUUGGAGUAGCAGUUUCAUACCAGAACAUAAACAAGGCAGAACCAUUUGGAUUCAAUGACAAAUCUUGGUCAUUAAAUUGUACCACAGACUGGCUACACAUUUCAUCACAACAAGUUAAAACUCCAGUACCAGGUCCAGUUUCCUCCAGAAUAGGAGUGUACCUGGAUCACAGAGCAGGUAUUCUGUCUUUCUACAGCGUCUCUGAAACCAUGACUCUCCUCCACAGAGUCCAGACCAGAUUCACUCAGCCUCUGUAUGCUGGGGUUAGGCCUCUCUUUAGUAAGGACUCUGUGGAGUUCAUUAAACUGAAAUAGUCAGCAGUGAUCUGAGGUCCAGUUGGUUAAAAUGUGUAUUUUAGUUUCAGUUGUUUAAACCUCCAUCAUUGUUGCUGAGAGAUAUUUGUUGUCAUUUCUUCACUGCUCAAAAUCAGCUGUAUUUAUGAAACUACUUUAUCAUCUUGUUUGUUUUGUUGAUGUUGGAGUUUGUGUGGGUGCUGCCCCUUCCUGUUUCUGUUCAGCCACAGAAGCUAUCGCUGCUACGGAGGAUUUUUAUUCACCCAAUCUAAUUUCAUUUAGAUUUAUUGCUUUGUCAGAUCAAAAGUUGUUGUUGUUUGUUCAGAUAAUUGUACAGAUGAAAAGAUCAGAUUAUAAAUCUAUAUGUGUCAAUAAAGUCGUAUUGUGACUCA